AUGACGGGCGCCUGGGUCCCAGGCUUCAUUCUCACCCUGCUCUUUGGCCUACUCUCCAGUCUCCAACAUGUAAGCACCAACGAGGUUAUGAAAUGUACCACCACCAUAAGCUGCCCCAAAGGAUUCAGAUGCUGUGACAGUGGAUGCUGCCUAGAAAAAAAGAUAUGGGAUCCUUCAAAUGAACCCUUCAGGCUCUUGUUCAUCAUUUUUGCGGUCAUGCUACCUCUCCUGUGCAUCUGCGGCAUGGCGAGGCGCUUUUGUCGUGCGUGCAGACCACAGCAGAACCUCAGAGCGAAUCAUCAGACACCUCCAGAACCACCUUCCAAUGCCAGGAUCUGGGUCACCAACUUGGAUCCCCCACCACCCUAUAGUCAGGUUGUUCCGAAGCCAACUCGCACAGAACCACCUCCUCCCUACAGCCUUGAGGACCCUGUUGGCCAAGUGAGAAACGCAACCUUUUGA